UAGUUAUAAUAAACAGAGGCGAUAAAUUUAUCCUAGAUUAUUUAAUCAAACCGUUAUAUUUGCGCACAUUUGAUUGACGUGCGCUCUAUCCAAUCAUAAGUCAGAAGAUCGCUGUAGAUGCAGAGGUGGGGAAUGAAGGAAGGUGUCUGGUGUUUUGUGAUAGGUUGUUAGUGAGCUCGGGCCGGUUGAGGCUGAGUUAGGGUUUUCAGUCAUGGAGAUGUAUAAAGUAAAUUCUUAUCUCCGUAGUGAUGAUUUUAUUGACCUGCCCACGUGCAUGUACAAGGUACCCAAUAUUCAUCGAAGCGCUGCAGAAGCUCAGAAUGCAGAUGAAUAUCCAGCACUCGAGAACUUAGAAUUGAGGCAAACAGAAAUACUGAAACGUUUGUAUGAUCUGAAGGCAGUUGUUGAUGGGCUCUCGAAGACUGUGCUUACACCAGAUGCUGACCUUGAUAUUGCAGAGAUUGACCAGGCUUGUCUUGUACCAAAAAUCCAUACUAUAGCUAAUUUAAAUUCUGUAUUGGGAAAGAGUCUUGGUGUCCUGCAAGAUAUUGUCAUCAAUGCUAAUCCUUCUGAGAUUCCGCUGUCCCUACUAGUUCUGCAUGGUUUGCUGUGUCAACAAUAUAAGGUCCUAUCAUCGGUACACGUACACUCUUCUGUGCAAAAUGUUCCCUCCAAACUCUGGAACUGUCUAGGUGAGGGAAAUUGCAGUCAUUCACGAAGGGGAUAUCAACUUGGCUUCACCCUUGUCUGGAAGGAUGUACACAAACCUCAGAUGAAAUUCAGCGUUCAAAGCACAUGCUCCAUUGAAGGCGAGGGCAAUGUUGCCCGUUUCCUCUUUGCACUUCUUGGCCGUGAAUACAAUGCCGUGAUAUCAACACAGAUCGACAACUGGGCGGAUGUUGCUAUCUUCCAGCUGAAGAAGGGUAGCAACAAGGAAAAGGCAGCUGUGCUACGUUCCUUAAAUUCUGCCCUUGGCAAGAACCCCUGGCUUGUGGGAGUUGAUCUGACAUUGGCUGAUGUUAUGGUUUACUGUGCCUUGAAGCAGGCAGAGCUUGCCAACGUUCCAGCCAAUGUCCAGAGAUGGGUUAAAUCAUGUGAGAAUUUAGCAUGCUUUAAUCUAGCACUAAAGCUAUUAAAGUGAUUCAUAUUUAUAGUUGAACUAUACAUUUAGUCCUUUGCAGCUAAUGCCUAUGCUUUGAAAUUUCAGUGUUUUGCUCAUGAAAUACUUAUUUAAUAAAUAUGUUUUAGAGGCACUCUAACUGGAAAAACAUCUUUUUAAAUUUUAAAGUUAUGCAUUUUAGUUCACUUGAAUUUAAAAAGCGGUUUUGGGAACAUCACCAUACAUGUAAUUCACACAAGCAGCAAUGUAAGAUGUGCCAAUAAUUAUGGACUCCGUGUGGGUUCAGUGAUCUGACAUGCUGUCUUUCUGUAGACUUUAUAUUUUAAUUCCUACUGUUUAAAAUUUUAAGAUCACUGUACUUUUGGGAGAGUCAAGCUUGCUGACCUUAGACAAUUUUGUUGAUACUGAAUAGUCAUAUUGGUUUCGUGGAUUGUGAUCAGAGGGUAAUAACUGUUACAGUGCUGU